AUGUCGGUACAUAUAUCGAACAUUCCCUUUCAACUGACAAAAGCUCGGCUAAUUGAGGCCUUGUCCCCCUUCAUAAGUGGCAAAAUUACGGAAUGCUAUCUUAAAAACCAUGCCAAACUUUAUGGAUGUAAUUGUGGACGGGCGACUAUCCAUUUUGAGCAAGAGGAAGACGCCGAACAGCUAUUGAGGAGAGCUCGAUACAACAAACCCAUGUUGCUUGGAAGACCAUUAACCAUAUCCAGGGCCAAAAAAAGAACAAUACAUAACGUAGCGGCGGGAACGGAAUAUUUAGUUGAUAGCUUGGAGUUGGGAAGCUGGAGCGGUGUAUCAGUCGCAAAUAAAUACAAAAGGCGCAGUAAAAAUGAGGAAAUAGUUUGGACAUUCUUGUCUGAAUAUAAACAUUCAGAAUAUUGGAAGUUACAGGUCCAGAAAAAAGAAUUUAUUAAGCUUAUCGCAGAAAAUGAGGGUCGUCCGAAUGUAAUAUACAUUAACGCUAGGGUACUUGACGAACAAUGUAAAGGCGUCAUCAUAGAUACGUCUCGAGAACAUCGAGACGAAUUGGUAGUAUACCUUACUCUAAAACAUCCACCCGAACUACAUAAACAGCUAGAGCAUGUUCUCAAUGCGAAUAUUAACAUGUAUCAUGACGAUAAUUGGACAGUAUGGUCGCGUUGUGGCGAUUGGACAGGUGACCAUAACGUCUUUGGUCAGUUCCUGGUAUAUCGGCUGGUCCUUAAAGAAAAUAUUCAGACAGUCAAAAAAGCUCUGACAACGAUCGAUGAAAAUCUACAGGACUGCCCGGUAAAGUACAAAAACCCACAUCCUUUGGAUGAAACGAUGGACGGGGUUAUAUAUCCACUCUUACCGUUCAAGAUUAACUUCGAGCUUGAAUGCUUACUUUCGCACAACGUAUUGACAGUGCGCGAAGUGUUUGAAUAUAAUUUGCAAAACAAGCUUUUGGACAUUAUUGAGGAGAAAAGCGUCGAUUUUGCAUGGUUCUGCCUAAACCAGCUACCAGUAUAUUAUUGGGAUCCGGCUGAUGCACAAUAUAACAGGAGACCCAUUUCGUAUUUUGACGAAGUCUUGGCAUCUUUAAAAAAUGAUCCUACGCCGUGGCGAUCAAGCAAAGAAAAUGCCAGGUACGCUUUAGUAAACCAUGCUACCGUCACCCCAACGAAAAUCUUUUACGAAGGACCGAUAUACGAAACAUCAAACCGGAUUCUCCGAGAAUUUUCGCAAUAUACGGAUAGGUUUCUUAGAGUUCGUUUCGCCGAGGAAAAUCUCGAUAAAUUGUUUGCGGUAGAGAAUAUGAGAUACGUAUACGAAGAUCGAGUCCUAGAGAUAUUGAAAUGUGGAUUUCGAUGCGCUGGAAGGCAUUACGAGUUUCUGGCCUUUUCGUCUUCUGGGUUGAGGGAACACGCCUGUUGGUUCGUUGCUGCAGAUGGCGAUUUUUCCGCUGCAAGUAUUCGCGCAUGGAUGGGUGAUUUUAGUGAUAUUAGGUCUCCUGCACUGCUUGGAGCCAGAAUGGGCCAGACGUUCACGUCUACCGUAGGCACCAUUGAAGUCAAACCUGACCAGGUCAGGUACAUUGACGAUAUUAAGCGGAACGGACACGUGUUCAGCGACGGAUGUGGGCAAAUCUCUCACAGUCUAGCUGAGAAGGCGAUAAAAAAGUAUUGGGGCAAGCGAGAUGUUGUAGAUAAGGAAAUUCCGUCGGUAUAUCAAAUAAGAUUCCGUGGAUGUAAGGGCGUUGUCGCCAUUGGUAGGGAGUUGGAAGGAGAUGUCCUCUGCAUACGACCGAGCCAAAAAAAAUUCGAAUCGCACGAAUCGUAUACUCUAGAAAUAGCGAAAGCGGUGAAAGCCCCUCAGCAGGGACAUUUGAAUAGGCAAAUCAUAUUGCUUUUAUCGAACCUCAAAAUCCCCGAUAGUGAGUUUCUAGAACUACAGAACAAUCAUCAGUCGUUUAUCGAAUCUAUGAUGCAGGAUUCGAAACGCGCUGCAGAAGUGAUUCGCCAGAUCAGUAGGGACGGGUCGCAUCAAACAAGGACAAUAUUAGAAAUGCUCAAAGCGGGGUUAAUGGAUGAAGAAGAGCCAUUUCUAGAAGCCAUGCUCGAGGUGAAAAAGUUAUUUACGUUAAAAGACUUAAAAAACAAAGCCCGAAUCGAGGUACCGUCGACGUUCCUUUUAAUGGGAGUGAUUGAUGAGACCGGGAUCUUGGAACCCGACCAGAUAUAUGUGCAAACGUCGUCCAUAAUAUCGGAGCACCAAUCCUUCAAAGGGGAUAAAAAGGUGCGAAGAAAACAUCGUGUAUGGACAGGAAGGUCCAUUGUAACACGAAACCCAUGUCUGCACCCAGGCGACGUAUCUGUAUUACGGGCCGUAGAUGUGCCGGAAUUGAGUCACCUGAGAAACUGCAUAGUUUUCUCACAAAACGGAAACUCGCCCGUAGUCAAUUCUAUGGCUGGAGGUGAUCUAGAUGGGGACGAAUUUUUUGUGUCUUUUGAUGAGCGGUUAAUACCGACAGAGACGUACCCAAGUCUGGAUUAUGAGGCCCCGCAAAGAAAAGAAUUAGAUAGGCCCGUAAAUAUUUACGACAUUGCAGAAUUCUUUCGCAAUUUCAUGGAGAACGAUCGGCUGGGGACGAUAUGCAAUAACCACCUGACGUUAGCCGAUCAAAAAAGUCUUGGAGUAUUCUCCCCGGAAUGCAUCGAGUUGGCCCAAAAGGCAUCCAUGGCCGUGGACUUUAACAAGACAGGCGUUCCUGUCACAGGACGGUUACCUACGUCCCAGGAGUCUCCUGACUUUAUGGAGAAUCCGACAAAGACCAAAUACGAAUCCCAGAAAAUUCUGGGAAAACUGUAUCGAAACAUUGAUUUAGAUGAACAUCGCGACAACGAAAAGCGAUAUUACAGAAAAUUUCCGAUUAGACCAUUUGGUCGGUUCGUUGAGUACGGCUAUGCUGAGUACAUUGACGAUGCGUUGGCGCAACGAGACAGUUAUAAUCAGGAAGUUCGAAACUUGAUGCAACGAUACAAAAUAAAGUCUGAACCGGAAGUGUUCACGGGGAGUAUUUUAAGCGUGAAAACAUGUGGUCGGCAUUUAUACGAUGUCAGGGAUGCCAUCGCAUCCGACAUGGCUAUCCGCAUAACCCGUUAUCGAAGAACCAAGGCGUCAGCUUGGUAUAUGGUGACGUACGAUAGGAUAAAGUAUCCCGACGAGUAUGCCGAAAACGAGAAAGAUUGUUUAUUAUCCUUUCCGUGGAUAGUCUCGGACAUAUUGCUUGACAAGUGGAACGCGUAA